UCGUUUCUAUUACAUUUUUUUAACAUCGACUUCGUUAAAAUCGUUCGUGAUAUUUCUAAAAAGUUCUCCGGGAGGAGAUUGAAUUUUCUUGACAAUUUUAACGUUAUAUAUCUACAGCGAUACGAUGAUUUUUUAUAUAGCUUGAAUUUUAUAAUAUUAUAUAUCGAAUAUAAUUUAUAUAUUUUAUAAUAUUGAAUUUUGUCAAUGAUGUAUUAUGUUAUAAUACGCGCUGGGUUCGAUAUUGUUCAAUUUACGUUCAAGGAUUUGCUCAAUUUUUAAUUGAACUGCGAUUGAUCUUGGAAAUUUUCUUAUGCUAAGAAGGUUUACUUAAAAACUACUAAUUCGUAUGAAAGACACGCAAAAUGCUUUGACUUUUGAUUAAUAUGAAAAUAAUUUCGUCCCAUACUACAAUAGCUCUGCCUCUAAGACGGCGAUUCUGUUGAGUUGUUGACCAAAAUUCGUAACAUUUUUGGUAGUUGAUUCAUUCUAUAAUAUUUUAUAUUUAAUAUAUUUGACGAGGUUUCAAGAGAACUGUUUAAAAUAAUAGUAGUUCUAUUAUACAAUAAUACAUUAUUCUAUUCAUGUCUUUAUUAACAUGAAAUACUAACAAUAAUAAUUUCGUAACAAUAAUCUCUUGUAGAUAAAAAUAAAAGAAUUGCUCCUUCAUUUACAACGAUAUUUGUUAUCGUAUGCAUAUUUAUUAUUCAUUUCAUUAUUCAAUAUCACUGUUAUUUCUUCUGAUUUGAUCUCAGCAUGUACGCAUUUACUUCACUUUAUGAAUUAAACCAAGCAAGAUAAAGAGUUCUAUUUUGUUUACAUCAAAGAGUUUAGGAAUUUUGUGAAAUUAUGUUACACGCGUAUAUUUUUAGUAUAUAAACAUCGUACUUUUCUGUAUUUACGUAUUUACAAGUUUGUUAAUUUGGACCUUUGUAUGUUCUAUGCAAAUAAUAAUAAGCCGAUUUUGUUUCUAAACGUUUACUUUUAUUAUCAUCAUUAUCAUUAUUAAUUAUAAAUGUUACGAAUUAAUUAUAAUUUUGUAUAGAUUUAUUAUUCUUAAGUUUUUGUAUGUUUUCGUGCAAAUAAUAAUGGGAUGGCGUUUUGGUUAUUACCGUAAUUGCUAUUAUAAUUGUUAUUAUUAUAAUUUUCAUUGUGUCACUUGAUAUUUUAGCAUUCGGAAAUUAUGAAUAAUUAAAUCAAAUUAACUGUUUUGGCGUGUGUCGCAGGAAAAUAUAAACAGAAAAGUGAAAGACGUGUUCUUACUAAACGAAAGGGUUUUCUUAAUUUGGGAUGCGUGGCCCUUAAGAAAAAAAUACACGAAAUUCGUUAUGUAUAUGUCCUAUCUCAGCGUACAUAUAGUUAUAAUGUACAUUGACCUGAUCGAAGCAUUCGGAAAUUUAGAAUCGAUGGUAGGAAACAUUAUAGAUAAUACCAUAGCAACCACUACCUAUUUUAUACUAUUUUUGCUUCGAUUCAACAAACUGAUCGAACACGGGAUCGUUACUGUGAGAGAAGAAAUUGCUAAGAGUAAGUUUGAAACUGUGGAGGAGAUGCGCUUGUACUUCACGUAUCACAACAUUUCGGAUAAAUUCGGUAGAUACGCCAUUUCAACGACUUUAGUGAUAGCAACUCUCUGGUACUUGUCACCUAUGCUGCAGUUGUUGAAGCUUGAUUCAGGUAUUUCUUCAUCGAUACGUGGCGAGAAGAAGCAAUUUCAUUUCUAUGAUAUUAUUUCAGGACAAAGCAAUGAAUCAUCGAAAGCUUAUAAAUUGCCUUUCCGAGCCUAUGCUUUUCUCGAUUAUCAAGACGACUUUCAAAACUUCGUUAUCAUGUAUUUAUACCAGUUCCCAGUCAUGUUCAUUGCAUUAAGCCAUAUAAGCGCCAUCAGUUUGUUAGUUAACUUGGUGCUACACAUCUGCGGUAAAUUCUCAAUCUUGUCAUAUCGUAUACAAAAUAUUUCCACGAAUUCAAACGUUAAUUUAGACAGUGUAAUCAAAGAAUUCGUGACCGCGCAUGUAAAACUAAUUACGUAAGUAUUUAUCUUUCUUGCUUUCAUUUCUUAUUUACAUUCUAUCGAUUAUCCUGUUGGUGUUCUUAUUUAUCCUAUUUCAAACAUAAUUAAAUUUACUUAUUUAUUUCAAAUAUAAUUAAAACUUUACAUCUUUAUGCAAAUAUUUGGAGAUAAAUAAUUUUUCAACCCUAAUAUACAUAUACAUAUGUAUAUUAUUUUCGUUAAAUAACAUAGCUUUACUAGAUGAAACAAUUACUUUCUCAUCCUGGAAAAUAGUUUGCUUUUAAUCUAUUUAGUUUAUUCUUCAAGACUUUAUUUUUCAAGUUUAGUUUUUUUUUACCCAUCUAUAAAUUAAUAUAAAUCAUAUAUGUUAUUAAUAUAAAUAAUAUAUGUUCACUGACUCAUUAUCGUAACGAUAUUAUGUAAUAUUCAAAAUUCCAUGCAGGACAGCGAACUCCAUCAAUUCAGCCCUGCAAGUUUUUCUUUUGGUGGAACUAUUGCAGACAACCAUUAGAAUGGCGACUAUCAUAUACAUGAUGCUUCUAGUACGUUUAUCGCAUUUAUCGUUUACUUUGUUCAUCGUAUUAUAAUACUUGAUUCAGACUUUACUGGAGUAUAAUUUAUAAAAAAAAAAAAAAACAUACAUGUAUAUGUAAAUUUAGAUAUAGAAACUCUAUUUGUAACAUUUCUAGCUAUUUAAUUUUAGACAUUAAUUUUGUUCGCAUUCUUAAUUUCAAUUGUUAUAAUUUUCAGAAUCCCUCGGGAAGUUUCGUGAACACUUUGACUUACGGU